AUGAAGAGAUAUUUCACUCCAGCAUCUUCCAAGUUGCCACAAUCAAGUUCUUCCCGUCAAAAUGCUCCUCCGGGGGAAGAAAAUAUGAACCAAUUAGAAGAACAACCUCCUUUGUCUAAAAAACAAAGGCAAGGAGUUGAUCUGGACUCUUUAAAGGCUGAUCCAAAGGAAAGAAUAUCUAUUAGGGACUAUCAUCCAAAUGAGCGUGAUGAGAUUAGAAGAGCAUACCUUCAAAAAGGUCCUUACCAACCUCGAACUCACAAAUUUCCUAAAAGAGAUUUUUUCGGUUUAAAGCGUCAUUUUAAUCCCAAAUGGUUUGGUCAAUAUCAUGAUUGGUUGGAGUAUAGCGUGAUAGAAAAUGCAGCUUAUUGUUUGUGUUGUUAUUUGUUUCAAGAUGAAAGCAUUCAUUACGGUGGAGGUGAUGUAUUUUCGAGUAUGGGAUUUAAAAGUUGGCAUAAAAAGAAAAGAUUAGACAUGCAUAUUGGAGGGCUGAGCAGUAUUCAUAACCAAGCAAAGAAAAAAUGUGAAAAUCUAAUGCAACAAAAACAGUCAAUUCAAACUGCAUUUUAUACACAAUCCACUCAAACAAAGCUCGAACACCGACUUCGUUUAAAGGUUUCAAUUGAGGUGGUGAGACUCCUUCUGAAUCAAGGAUUAGCAUUCCGCGGACAUCGUGAAGAUGAAUCAUCAUUAAACAAAGGUAACUUUCUUGAAAUCCUUAAGUGGUAUGCAAAAAGGUGUGAUAAAAUUCGUGAUCUUGUGUUGGAAAAGGCUCCAAAAAAUGAUAAAAUGACUUCUCAUAAAAUUCAAAAAGAUAUUGUCACUGCAUGUAAGCUUGAUACAAUUAAAGCUAUUAUAGAGGAUCUAAACAGUGAUAAUUUUGCAUUGUUAGUGGAUGAAUCUUGUGACAUUUCAUGCAAAGAACAAAUGGCUAUUGUCUUGCGUUAUGUUGAUAGAAUGAGAUCUGUGGUGGAGCGGUUUAUUGGGAUCGUACAUGUUCGUGACACUAGUGCUUUGUAUUUAAAGGAAGCAAUUGUUAAUUACCUUGCUCAAUGUUCUUUGAGUUUAUCUUAUGUACGUGGACAAUGCUAUGAUGGAGCAAGCAAUAUGCAAGGGGAUCUAAGUGGCCUUAAAACUUUGAUUCAAAAAGAAGUAGAUCAGCUCAUUCUAUUCAUUGUUUUGCUCAUCAACUUCAACUGA